AGCCAAGUGGCAAGGAUAUUCACACUGGACGAUGAUCAAUACCACGAGCUCCACAUCGAUAAGUAGUUUCGUUUUUACAUGCUCAUCAGAGAGGUAUUAAAUAUUGAGCAGUUGCCACGGUGAAAGCUUCCGCGGUUUACAACUAAUUCUAUUACGGUUGAUGUUUUUGCUGAACUACUCAAACUGUAGACGUAUGUCUUUUAGAAAAAUUAAUUUAAAGGCAAAAAUUCUUUUAAAUAAAUCAAAAUGCUUUUUGCUGUAAGUUUACGGCUAUUUGAUAUCGGAUCCCAUAACUAUUAACGGUGGCCAAUUUUCCUAUUUUGCAGAAAAGUUCGUCCGUUUUGUGAAAAUUUUGCGCAAGCAUCAGUAGGAAAAUUCGGGAAAACGGCACAAAAUCUUCAAAAUUUAUCUGAGAGUUUCUAAAGUUUUCCUUAGAUAAGGGGAUACUAGACAGCACAAAAUGUUAUUUGUUGUAAUAAAAACCGUACUUGAAAGACACUUAAAUUUUUCUCGAAGUUCUUGAAAAUGUCCUCAAUUCCACGUGUGUCAAGUUAGUUGACAUGAAAAAGAAAGGGAUAAUACUACGUUUCUUUUUGUCUGCUCACAAUGACAGAUGAUACAACGUCUUCACCCGAGGAUGACAUUUUCGUAGAUAAAGGAGAACUCUUGCGAGAAGAAUACGCUAACCUAAGCAAUGAGAUUGAAGCAAUUUCCGAAGAAAUAUUAGACAUACAAAGUGAAUUAAUACUUACCGAGCAUUCUAUCCAAGAACAAGAAGUUAAGAAUAUAGAAUGAAUAUAACUCGUAUUUGGAGAAAAAGCAGUCGAAACGUUUGAAAAAUACAAUAACGUUAGAAGAUUAUUAUUUGUUUACUGUGAAUGAAUUAGAGAGAGAUAGAGAUGAAAUGUUGACUAUGUAUGCUAAAAAAAAGUCUGGUGCGUCUGAUGCUUUCGUUAUACUGUACCGUAGAAUUGCAGGAUGUUUUACUACAGGAGAAAAAACUCCUGAAACAUGUCAAAGAAGAAUUAGUAUCAACAGCAGAUAUUCAAUUAAUUCGUAAAAAACAAGAAGCAGAAAUUGAACGUUUAGAAAAAGAAAUAAGAGCUACCCGCAAUUACCAAUCAGGAAAACUUCAACAGUUUAAAGAGAUAUCUAAACAAAAACAUUUGGAGUUGGAAAAAGAAGCUAAGAUUAUCUUGGAUAACGUGACUGAAAAAAGUAAAAAGGUAUAUGUCUACCUGCUAUUCAUCUUCCGAUAACUUUUUGAUGAACUGACAUAAACUAGUCGAUGUAUUUGCUGCCUUUUCUUAAUUUUAGAGAACAUUCCUAGAUCUGGUAGCCUUUAGUGGAGCCAUUCUAGUCACUUGGUCGCAAUAUUUCUGAUGUUUUCGAGAAGCAUAUAAAGGUUGAUUUAUUUUGAUGGCGAGUAGUUGAGCUUAUUCUUAGUCAUUAGGAUGACUGGAACAUUUAGCGAUCUUAUCGCUAAAUAUAACAAGUAUUUUAAAGAGUUCCAAGCUAUAGUGUGCAGAGUGAGAUCGCAUCUGUUCAUCCCUUCUUGGGUGACCAGUUACGCUUACUGAUAACGCUUCGAAUAUAAGAUAAUUUUAAGAUACCUACAUUUUUGUUCGCAUUACAAAACAUGUUUAUAGUCUAAUCGGUCUUUGUAACGGUUAUUAGUGUCAGUCUCCCUCCAGUUGUUAAGGUUUUUGAUUAGUUCCCAUCUCUAGAAGUUUUUGUUGCGCAACAUGUGUUAGAUAAGGCAUUGUGUAGCAAUUAUAUUCUGUCUUACAUCUAUGGUUUCUGAUAUACUUGGUCAUCAUUACCCAAGCAGAAAAACAUGGUGAAUUUUUAACUAAAAUGGAUGAUUUUUGCCAAGUUUAAUAAAACUGGCAACAUUUCAGGUAUCUAUUCACACCCACGUUUACAAGUGAAUCUAUAGGUUCCCCACAGACUUUACUAAUAACCUUCAUUUUCUAAAGAACAUGGGACAAUGUUUUCUUCAGGGUUCGGAAAAGAAUGGACGGUAAAGAUAUGGGGAAGUAGGUGGUAUGCAGGAUUUUAAAAUUUCCAAAACCCGUAAUUUCAUCAUUUAAUAAGCUAAUAUGUCAUAUUUUUUAAAACAAAGUAGUAUUUACAAAGAAUUUAACCUCAAUGUAACGUAAUUUCUAGGAAAAUCGAAACGUCUGUAUAUUAUCUUGAAUAAUAUUACGAGUUUUUUCCCAGUCAAACUACCCCUGGUGUCCUCUUUAAAAUUUGUUUCCACUUCUUUCUACUUUGAAUAAUAUCAAGUGCCGUGUCUUCAAUUUUUGAGCAGUUGCCUCCUGUUAUGACAACGGAUAUCACUCACAUAUGUGAAGCACAUUUCAGCCGAAGUUGUUACACCAUUUCAACAACGAGAGAAGCGAUUAAUAGUAUAAGCUAGUAGGAGUGAAAAAUCAUUGUUUACGUCACCUUUUUCGUUGUCAUUGUUAGUUAGGCAUUUGUACUUUGAUAAGUCUUACUAACUUGGUUGAAUGCGUUGUAAGAAAAUAACGACUUUAAUUUCUUUGAUAUAUAUUUCUGUAUUUGACCAGUGGUUCUGUCUCAAAUAAUAUUUAGUUGGGAUUUAGCUAUAUGUUUUAUCAUAAGAGAAUACCUGUUGAAACAUCCAAUUUGGUUUUUAGACUUAUCAACAAAAGAGUAGUUGCAGAAUCUACCACAGACACAAGCUAUUGUAAACGCCUUUUAUCAAAAAUAUUUCCCCAAAUGUUACGGAAGCAUGACAGAUAUUGCAGAUUGUUUAAGUGUGAUUAUGCCAUACACUUACUUGUCAGAUACUUCUCUCUUCACUUAAAAGUACAUUCUGAAAUUAUAUACUACAGUUUUAAUCAUCAUAUACUGUUUGCCCAGCGAAUGUCGAUCAUGUCUUUCGGAGUUCUCCAUUUCUCUUCACAAGGCAUUAAAUAAACUCGUUACUGUAUUCCUGGUUAUUUUUUUGGUUGUAAGUCCUUAACCAUCCACAUUCAACCGAAUAAAAAUAAUUAUAAAAUUCAUGAAUCUUUCAGUGAACCUACUGUCAUGCCACCUCAAUACAGAUUGACUAAUAUGACAAGAUCAAAAGAGCUUCAUUAAGUCAACGUAGAAAUCGAUCGGCAUGAUAUUUUAAGUGUGUCCACUUAGUAGACUAUUGAUUGAUGCUAAAUAUUACUCAUUCAAAGUAUAAAACUCUGGUUAGUAACCUGACUCUACAACGGCAUAUGAAGUGUAGUGUAUGCACAUUUCAUUUUGAUUUAUUUUGGAAGUCAAAUAAUUCUUCAUCACCAUUCUGCAGUUUUCAUCAUGUAUUGUUGGAUUUGGGUUCUCAGUAUAAGGCAUAACCCAUUUAAUCAUGUCCGCUAACACAGAAGUGUCAGAGAUGACAGUGGCGACGAGUAUGGGAUACGACUUCGGCCAGGGAAACCUCGAUGGGUCAGUUAAGCACCGGAAAGAUAUGAUAGUAAUAGACGUAACCACUGAUCAAUAUCUAUCGUUAUCAAAGGACAUCACAUUUGGAUUUCCACUAUAUUGAUCCUACUGAUUAUGGUUUCAUGUUCUAACUUAUGUUGGAGGAUUCUAAAGCAAUUUGCUCAUGGAUGAUGAAUUAUUAUUGGAUCUGGAAUUCAGUUAAGUUUUUCCAAUUGAAUUGCUUUCUAGUUAUCCUGUUUGAUCUCUUUUUAUUACAACAGAUUUCAAACAAACUGAUCGUUGAACAUGUUAAUAAGAUAUGUAAAGAAAAUGAGGAAUUGUAUAAGGAUAUCCUAAAUAAAUCAGAAUUAAUAAAAGCUAUGGAAGCAGAAAAAUCGAACUUGGAGAAACAAAAUGAAGAGGUCAGACAUAAUCAGGUUUUUUCCAAGGACCUGGAGUAUGUUGAAUAUAAACGUUGCGAAGGCUUGUCACAACUGAAAAGUUUAUCACCACAGAAAUAAAGCAGCAUUAAGUUGUCAUCUAUUUUUAAAAGCAAACAGACUUUUUAAAAAAUGCUGUUUCUAUCAUUCUAUUUUUGUGUAAUUAGUUUUCUUUACGGAUUUGAGUAGAGCCAGAGUAACAUUAGACUCAGAAUACUAUGAAUUCAUUAUACUUCGUGGUUUCUCAUUAGCCGCUUAUAACUGUUGAUGUGUAUUAAAGGGUAACAUUAAGGUGUGAUAUAAUAUGUAGCAAUCGAUAUUGAUCACAUGAGAAGUUAGAGUAACAAAGAUUAUCAAUAAUAUAUAUAUUAUAUAAUUAAAUGUAGUCCGGAGGCAG